AUGUCUCUGCCUAUCCUCGACAGCAUCUCCUCCAUUGGGGACUCUGCUGAUGAUACAAGCGUGCCAGGCCUGGGCACCUACAUCAGUCGUAUCCUUGAUGAGCGUAGUUACACCGGGGAAUUCAGGGGACCGAACGUCCAGACCUGGAAGGUUGGAAGGGUCGUUCAUGUCCUCGGGAGUCCGCCCAAUACUGAUGCGUUAGCUGAUGUAACCGGUUACCGUAACUACGUCGUCGCCAGCGACAAGUGCGUCACCAUCAGGCUUGGCCGCUCUGUCGAAGGGUUGCACAACGUCGUGCAGUCGUCCUCAGCUGUGGGGGUAGAGGUCAGCGCUGACGUCGGCCGGAUUAGUGCCAUCGUAACACGUUAUAACUUGCGUGCGCCUAUCGAGCCGGGGGUAGCUAUCGAAAGACUACCCUCGACCGGGGAGUCCAAGUUAUCUGCAGAAACAGUUACGAGACAGUUCGGUCUCGUCAGCGAGUCUAAUACUGGGUAUCUGUGGACUGGGGUCGGUCUAAAUUACUUGACUUGUAUAAUGGGAAAUGGCGAGGCCAACCUCGGGUUGGAAUGGCGCGCCAUUCUUCCAGAGCCUCUGGACCAGAGGUAG